CUUUUUCGAGGGUACCCAAAUCAAAGACAAAGGCAUCUGUUGUGUUUUCAAGAAUCACCAAUCUGCUAAGAUUAACUUUUAUUUUUUCUCCCAAAUUGAUAAUUUGAGCCUCCCACAAUGGAAAAAACCCCUGAUAAAAUAUCUUCUUCUCCUGAGAAAAAUGAGGUUCUGAACCUUAAAGAAACUGAACUGAGGCUGGGUUUGCCGGGUUCAGAAUUUUUGGACAAGAAGGCAACUGGGUUUUCUCUUUUUGGGAAAGAUUUGAAGGAUGAGAAUAAUAAGAACAUAUUUUCAGGUGCUAAGAGGGUUUUUUCUGAUGCCAUUGAUGGUUCUAAUAAAUGGGGUUUGUGUACUAAUCGUGGAUCUGAGGUUGAUUUGGGGAAAAAUGAUGUUUUGUUUUCUCCUAGAGGAGCAAAUGGUGGAGUGAAAAAUACUAAUAUUUUGCAAUCUUCUCAUCCUACAAAGGAGGUUCCUCCACAGCCUGUUGAGGGCAAGAAAGAUGAAAAUGGCAGUACAGCUUCAAAGGCACAAGUGGUGGGUUGGCCACCUAUUCGAUCUUUACAUAAGAACAAACUCACCACUAAUUUAUCGAGAAAUAAUGAUGUUAAGGGAAAAUCAGAAUCAAGCUGCCUUUAUGUUAAGGUCAGCAUGGAUGGAGCUCCAUACUUGAGGAAGGUGGAUCUUAAAACUUACUGCAGCUAUGCAGAACUUUCAUCAGCACUUGAGAAGAUGUUUAGUUGCUUUACCAUUGGGCAAUAUGCUUCUCAUGGACUUCGAGGGAAAGAAGAUCUUAAUGAGUGCCAUCUGAUGGAUCUUCUCGACCGCUCUGAAUACGUACUCACAUACGAAGACAAGGAUGGUGACUGGAUGCUUGUUGGUGAUGUUCCAUGGGAGAUGUUUACUGAUAUGUGCAAGCGAUUGAGGAUCAUGAAAGGCUCAGAGGCAAGUGGGUUAGCUCCAAGGGUAAUCGAGAAGUGCAAGAGCCAAAAUUAGGGCAGCAAAGAGAAACAAAAGAAUGGCUAUUUGUAGAAAUCUGACGAGUGUUUCAAUAGCUUACAUGUUUGAAAUUUAGUAGAUAUGUAAUAUAGCAUGUAUGGAAUCGAAAGUGCUUGCUUCCUUGCAGAUUGCUGAUUGCCACAGUUCAUGUGAAUAAUCCAAAAUCCCAGUUAUUGCUUUACUACUAACACUAACACGUGUACUCAGGAACUGUUUUUCAAGCUUGAUCUAUGCAGUACAUUGUCUUGAUA